CUUAGGUUGGAUGGUGGGGGCUAGAGGCCAAGCAGUCACAGCAUGUUCCUCUUCUUGUUAUGCGUCUUGUGCUCCGCUUCAGUGUCUGCCGAUAUACUAGGACUACAGGAUGGAGAUGAUUGCACUCCACUUGGUGGAGGCUUUGGGAUAUGCAAAUUGAUUUCCAAGUGCGAGACUGUUGGAGAUUUCAAGACAAAUCACCCACCAAUCUGUUCUUUCAAGGGAAAGGAUAAGGAGCCGAUCAUAUGUUGUCCAAGAAACCAGCUGAAAAAUAUACCUAAGGUGGAGAAUAUACCUGGUCGAAAGGUUCAGAAAGUAUGUGAUGAACUAAAAUCUAUAUGCCUAAGGAAGAAUGAUCCUAAUGAAAACAUUGUCAUUGAUGCAUUUAAACCACCCGAACAGGACAAAGAUACUUGUGGACUUUUCGUGGUGAGCGGAGUUGGUGGAGUAGAAGUUGCACCAAGAGGGCAUCCCUAUAUGACUUUUAUUGGUUACUGCGGUUAUGAGAAAAAGCAUUGUGAUGUAAGUGAGGCGAUUUGGGGGUGUGGUGGAUCCCUCAUAACACCGAGGUAUAUUUUGAGUGCGGCUCACUGUGCUACUCCGUAUGACUUCGGACCUGCCAAAUGGGCCAGAUUAGGAGAUUUGGACAUCAGCUCUUCUCAAGACGAUGCUCAACCAGUGGACAAGACCAUUGUUCAGAUAAUCGCUUUCCCAAAAUAUUCAAACGCCCAAGUAUACCACGACAUAGCGCUCUUCAAGUUGGGCAGUGAUGUUGUUUUUAAUGGGUACAUUUUACCCGUCUGCCUCCAAACUUCCAGAGAAAUAAGAGCGGAAAAAGCCAAUUUUACUGGCUGGGGAAGAACAGGAUUUGCUGAAGCUACCAGCGAUAAACUCCUAGAAGCCGAAAUAGACAUCUACAAUGAAACGGAAUGCAGGAGGCUUAUGUUCAGCACGAACAGCCCCAAGACGCCACUAGGGCUCCAGCCUGACCUCAUGAUCUGCGCAGGAGUUCCUGAUGGAAGCAAGGAUGCCUGUACGGGUGAUUCUGGUGGACCGUUGGUUACAGGAAACGCAUUUAGUUGUAUCAAGACUCAAAUCGGGAUAACUUCUUAUGGAAAUAAAUGUGGACUUCCAGAUUCUCCAGGAGUCUACACUAGAGUAUCUAACUAUGUGCCCUGGAUAGAAGAAGUAGCUUUUAAAGAUGUAACCGUUUGUGAUUAAAUAAAUAUUUAUUUAUUAUCAUCCUUC